CCGACUUCCGGUUCUCCCCUCCCAGAUCCAACACCGAACACCGUACUCGCUCAAGAUGCGUUUCUCCAGCUUCCUCCCUCUUGCCCUCGUCGCGGCAGCUUCCGUUGCGGUGGCCCGUCCCAUUGAUGACUACAUGUUCGCUGCUCGCAGCGAAAACGAGCUUUCUCUGUCGGAGCGUCAUCUCCAGAUCCUCGACCGCUACGCGCGGGAGUACCUAGCGGCCCGCAGCGACGCAGACCUAGAGGCACGCGGGGACCUCAAUUCCGUCGUCGAACGGGAGUACUUCGAGCCCGAACUGGUCGCCCGUGGUCCACUCGACCAGCCCCAGCGCGAACACUACAAGACGUACGAGGAGUACGAGAAGGCGUGGCUCGACUGGAGCCGCAGGAUGCGGAAGAUGAACCACUCGACGCAGAAGGCGCUCAAAAAGAACGCGGCGGCCUACAACAAACAGCAGGGUGGAUCGCAGGGCGUGCUGAGCAAGCUGUUCGGCAAGAAGAAGCAGUAAGGGACGUAGCUGGAAGGCGGAAUGGCUACUACUACUAGGCCGUUCAUCGCUUGUUAGACGGCGAAUAAAUUUCCUCUCAGGAUCUCUUGUGGUGUGACGCACUUGGGGACCUCCCCAAGUGUGUGACGCGACGGCCUACGAUCGACGGACAAGCCAUAAAUGUUCCUUGAGUACGUACUGUGAUACUCAGCACGCAGUAUCCCGCCACUCAGAGGUGGCUCGGUGAAUAUCAAAUCAUCCAGGAUUCGUAUUUC